AGGGGUUCGUUGAGGGGGGGUUCUGUGGCGGCCCUGCCCCGGCAGGGAGGGCCGAGGGGGCCGCCCUGAGCCCCGGCGGAGAGGCAGGACCGGGUCCGUCCCCUUCCCUCCAUGCCUGGGGUGGGGAGGAGGAGGAGCAGCAGCCGGCGCCGCGGGGUGGUGGCUGCCCCGCUCCCCGCCGGGAGAGGCGAAACCCCAGCGGCGUCGCUGGCUCGGCAGCCCCGGCGUCGGUGGGCGGCGGUUGGCGGGGGCGCCCGCCGGGGCUGAGGGAGCUGCCGCCCGCCCUGCCCCUCAUGCGGCGCAGGCAGCGGUCUCUCCCUUCGCCGCCGCGUCUGUCGUCUUUGUGGGCGGGUUGGCGGCUGGCGGGAGCCCGCCAUGGGGCGGCCGCGUCGGGGCUGCUGAGGCGGCGGUGGCGGCGGCGGUGGCGGUGGGAGAGCAGCAGCCGGUCGGCCCCAUGGAGGAGCGGGAAGGCGAGGUGCGCUGGGACGGGCUGUGCAGCCGCGACGCUGCCAGCCGGGCCGCCGCCUUGGAUAACAUCGGGCAAACCGUUCUCCGCCGGAGCGAGACCAUCGCUCCCCUGGCGGCGGUGCCGCUUAGCCGGGCCGCCGACGGGCUCCUGGUUCCAGCCGCCCGCGACGGGCUGAGCGAGGUGCUGGCCCGCCUGCUGAUGCUCUCCAAGCGCUGCCCCUUCCCCGACGUGAGGGAGAAGAGCGAAGCCAUCCUCAGGCGGGUGCAGGAACUUGGAAUAAGAAUUCCUAGACCACUGGGACACGGACCAAGCAGAUUCAUCCCCGAGAAGGAGACAAUUCAAGUGGGAAACGAAGACGCCAUGAUGCACGCGCUGUUUGCGGAUUCUUUUACUACACUGGGCCGGUUGGACAAUGUUACCUUGGUGAUGGUUUUCCACCCACAGUAUCUUGAAAGCUUUCUAAAAACUCAGCACUAUCUACUGCAAAUGGACGGUCCUCUCCCGCUUCAUUACCGACACUACAUCGGGAUAAUGGCUGCAGCACGGCACCAGUGCUCUUACCUUGUUAACCUCCAUGUGAAUGACUUCCUUCACGUCGGUGGAGACCCUAAAUGGUUGAAUGGUCUGGAAAAUGCACCUCAAAAACUGCAAAAUUUAGGAGAACUGAACAAAAUGUUGGCUCAUCGACCCUGGCUUAUCACCAAGGAACAUAUCGAGCAACUUUUGAAGACUGAAGAGAACAGCUGGUCCCUGGCAGAGCUGAUCCACGCGGUCGUUCUCCUCACACACUACCACUCCCUCGCUUCCUUCACCUUCGGCUGUGGCAUCAGCCCCGAGAUCGACUGUGAAGGGGGUCACACCUUCAGGCCCCCCUCCGUCAGCAACUAUUGCAUUUGUGAUAUUACAAACGGGUACCACGGGGUGGAGGAGAUUCACGCCAGCCCAGCUGGAAGUAUUCCAUCUACAGAGUCUGUCUGUGAAGUUGAAGCUCUUAUGGAGAAAAUGAAGCAGCUCCAGGAGUGUAGGGAUGAAGAGGAAGCCAGCCAAGAAGAGAUGGCCACACGGUUUGAAAGAGAGAAGAGAGAAAGCAUGUUCGUCUGUUCUUCAGAAGACGAAGAAUCGGCACCAACAAGAGACGUGUCUCGUCACUUUGAGGACACCAGCUAUGGUUACAAGGACUUCUCCAGACACGGAAUGCACGUGCCCACCUUUCGUGUUCAGGAUUACUCCUGGGAAGACCAUGGCUAUUCCUUGGUUAAUCGUCUUUACCCAGAUGUGGGACAGCUACUUGAUGAGAAGUUUCAUAUCGCUUAUAAUCUGACGUACAACACAAUGGCCAUGCACAAAGAUGUGGAUACCUCAAUGCUAAGACGAGCUAUUUGGAACUAUAUUCAUUGUAUGUUUGGAAUAAGAUACGAUGAUUAUGACUACGGUGAAAUUAAUCAGUUGUUGGACCGCAGCUUUAAAGUUUAUAUCAAGACUGUGGUUUGCACUCCUGAAAAGACCACAAAAAGAAUGUAUGAUAGCUUCUGGAGGCAGUUUGAACACUCUGAGAAGGUCCAUGUCAAUUUGCUUCUGGUAGAAGCUCGGAUGCAAGCCGAACUACUUUAUGCUCUGAGAGCUAUUACUCGCUACAUGACCUGAUGUCUCCGGCUGCCUGGCGACCUUGGAAUGUUGUGCAGCUGCAGCGUGGCAGAGGAAGAUACGAAGCCUCAGGACCAACGGUAGCUCUAAGUUAAGAUGCCCAUUGUGCCAUAACUCCUUUAGUUUCAGCUCUUUCCGUGUUUGGAAUCUCACUGCUGCCACUGGGCAGUGAUCGCUUGGCAGUUGAAGAGACAGGGUUGUGCAGAAGUGCUGCCUGCUCACCCUAUUUUGGCUUUAGACAGCACGGGACACUCUCUGAACUUGUGGCAAUAUAGCAAAUGAUAGAUACAUAGAUCUUGUGUUAAGGCAAAUACUACGGGAGUUGGAGCGUGACAAGAAGUGGGACUUGAUGACAUUUGCUUUCCCUCUGAGAAUAAUUUUAGAAAAAUCUUGAUGCUGCUAUUUGUGCUGGUGGAGUGAACAGACACAGGCUGUUCCAGUUAAGCUAAACGUGAAAGUGAGCACUGCUAUUGUCUGAGCCUUUAUUGUGUGUGGUUUCAAAAAAGCCUUGUUAUUUAGAUUCCUUUUUUAAUCAGAACUAAACCUCUUCUGUCCACACUGAUGAUUUGAAAGAUAGCAGUCAAUUUUCUCAAAUAGUUUAGCCUUAAAAUGCUACGGGACAUUUGUUCAGCAUUAUUUGGUGAGCUCCAAAGUGCAAUGGUCUUCCUAAGGAAAGAAGAGGACUCGAGUCCUCAGAGCUUUUUUAGAGAUCUGACUACACGAAGUGUCGAGUAGCUUCUUGUCCUGUUUUUCAAGGAUGAACCGAUACCUGUUCCAGGAGCUAGGACAAGGUGUGGGAAUGUUGUUCUAGGCUGCCAAACAGUCCUACUGUAUUACAUGCCCAACGCUGGUCUUACUGAUUUUUGCAGUUGCUUAAAUAACUAGGCUAAAAACCAUCUAUUUUUAGUAAAUCAGAACCUGAUUAAAAUGCUGACGUUUAAUAUACAGUGGUUUUGGAGAACACAUGAAUACUUUUGUAUGAGUGUGAAUUGCUUUUUAAAUUUGUCAGUAUUAUUGGUAUUUUUUAAAUAAAGGUAACAACUUUUUCU